AUGGAGCUGACCGUGGACAGUUCCGACGCCGCGCGCUACCUGGAGGAGCUCCACCGAGCGGCCAGGGAGGGUCGCAUCACCGCCGCAGAUGCCGCGGAGAUCGCGUCGCUCUCUGCGGCGGGGGCGGCGGCGAUCGAGAGAAGGUUCGUGGAGGCUGGCGAGACAGACUUCCGCGACAACUUGGGAUACGAGGCCGAGGCGGACGUGCUGCGCGACGCGCUGGGGCCCCCUGGCGGCGAGGCGCACGAUCUGCGGCAGCCCCAUGCGCAGGUGGGCGAGAUGGAGCCGCGGCGGCAGGCCUGGCUCCGCCGCCAUGUCGGGGCGCUUGAAUUGGCCCACCUGUCGGAUCGGCCCCAGCGACGGUAG